AUGAAGGGAAUGAUUAUCCAGCUCAGCCGCAACCUGAGUCGUGCUGCUCCACUUUUCAUCCGCAGCCUUCACUCGCGUUCGCGUCCAGCCUCCACUAGUACAUCCAAACUAGUGGCUAAACAUCCGCUCACCUCUGAGGAAAUCUAUGCCAAAGAGGACAAGUAUGGAGCACACAACUACCACCCCUUACCUGUGGCAUUAGAGAGGGGGCAGGGAAUCUAUGUGUGGGACGUGGAGGGCAACUGCUACUAUGACUUCCUCAGUGCAUACAGUGCAGUCAACCAGGGCCACUGCCACCCAAAGAUUAUAGCUGCGCUCACCGAACAGGCAUCUAAACUCACACUGACCUCCAGAGCCUUCUACAACAACGUGCUGGGAGCAUAUGAGGAGUACAUCACCACCUUGUUUGGCUAUGACAAAGUCCUACCCAUGAACACGGGCGUUGAAGCAGGCGAGACUGGCUGCAAACUCGCUCGAAGGUGGGCUUAUAAUGUGAAGGGAGUCCCCCAAAACAAGGCUAAAAUUGUAUUUGCAAAUGGAAAUUUUUGGGGACGCACCAUGGCAGCCAUCUCCAGCUCCACAGAUCCCAGCUGUUAUGAAGGUUUUGGGCCUUAUAUGCCAGGGUUCGAGUUGGUCCCAUAUAAUGAUAUUCCUUCACUGGAGAAAGCUCUCCAGGACCCACAUGUAGCAGCCUUUAUGAUGGAGCCCAUUCAGGGUGAAGCCGGGGUGCUGGUGCCUGAUCAGGGUUACCUGACCAAAGUCAGAGAGCUUUGCACCAAAUACAAUGUAUUGUGGAUUGCAGAUGAAGUACAGACAGGACUAGCCCGGACUGGCCGACGUCUAGCAGUGGACCACGAGGAAGUGCGUCCUGAUGUGGUGCUGCUGGGAAAAGCGCUCUCUGGAGGAGUUUUCCCUGUGUCGGCUGUGCUGUGUGAUGACGAGGUCAUGCUGACCAUCAAGCCUGGAGAACAUGGUUCCACGUAUGGUGGAAACCCUGUGGCCUGUCAGGUGGCUAUCGCAGCUCUUCAGGUGAUGGAGGAAGAAAAACUGUCAGAGAAUGCUCUAAAGAUGGGCGAAAUUCUGAGGACGGAGUUAGGAAAACUGCCUAAAGAUAUUGUGACGACAGUCAGAGGAAAAGGUCUCCUGAAUGCGAUUGUUAUCAAAGAGACUAAAGAUUACGAUGCCUGGAAGGUCUGCCUACGACUCCGUGACAACGGACUGCUGGCUAAGCCCACCCACGGCGACAUCAUCCGCUUUGCCCCGCCUCUCAUUAUCAAAGAGCACGAGCUGCGGAAGUGCGUGGAAAUCAUCCAGAGGACUGUCCUGUCCUUCUGAACAACCUAUCGCCUCACAAACCUUCCUCUGACUUCCAUGCAUAUCUAUUGCUACAACACUUCACUUUAACUGCUUUAUUUUAAAGCUGCAGAUAGAUGGUCAGCAUGAUCAGUUUACAGAGACUGCUGAGAGGGUGUUUCUAUAAAGAGAGUAACUGCUGUUAGGAGAGAAGUGUUCAAUUCUGUCUGCUUCAGGAAUUUUUUUUACGCUUCUAAAAACAACAUGUUUGCACAUGAAGCUUGAAGUAAAUAGUAAAACCGCCACUUUUAAAGAAGUCCUUUUGCAAUUUCCAAAAAGGUAUUUGUGGUUUUUACAUUUAAAAUAUCUCAAGUUAUGAAAAAAAAGAAUUGGAGUUUCUCACAGAGGAAGCAAAAGUAGUUUUAGUGUCAAUGUGCUAUUUAAAGUCUUAGCUCUUAAAUAUUGCCUAAUUUAACUGAUUUUAUUUCUGCCAUGAAUAUAUUUUAUUGUGAAAGUUUUACUUUUAAUGUUUCUAUCUCUUCAGUGUUGACUCAUCUUGAUUUAUGUAAAAUCUGCUAAUGAUAUGAUAUAUGAAUAACGUUAAUAAAUCUUUGCAGUCACA